AUGUGUAUGGAUUUCAUGCCAAGACAUCAUAACAUAAUACGCUUUCGUAUGGGUCGCCCGUUUCCAUUAUUACAUCGUGAACGUCAGUCAAUGGGUACAAGUUAUAUGCAACGUUUAUAUCGUGAAGCAUGUCAUUGGAGUUCAUUUACAUUAAAUUACAUAGAGUGGACAUAUGAAUACUUUGUUCAAGACCCACCAACUCCAAUUAAUUGUCCCAUACAAGGAAAAUUCAAAUUUAUUCAACGUGGUCAAGUGCAAGAAAAGUAUAUAACCAAAAUACCUAAUGGAAUGACUCCUAGACCAUGGGUUCAAGUAAGAUUGAUCAAAGUAGCAUUAUUAGUGAUCAUAUACAGUAUGUAUUAA